AUGAUGGGUUGCUGGAUUUUGAAUGAAAGUCUCUCCAUCAUAUUAGUACUCUCAUGGCUGGGAGUAAAUUUAUAUCUGUUUAUUGACACAUUCUGUUGGUACGAAGAGGAAGAGUCUUUCCUUUAUACACGAGUUAUUCUGGGUUCAACACUGGCUUGGGCUCGAGCAUCUGCAGUGUGCCUGAAUUUUAACUGCAUGCUAAUUCUGUUACCAAUCAGUCGAAACCUCCUUUCACUCAUGAGAGGGACAAGUAGUUGCUUCAGAGGACCAUGGAGGAGGCAAUUAGACAAAAAUCUCAAAUUCCACAAACUGGUUGCCUAUGGGAUAGCCAUGAAUGCAACCAUCCACAUCUUGGCGCAUUUGUGUAACCUGGAGUACUACCACUGGAGCCAGUCGCCGGAAGCAGAGGGACUUGUAGCUGCACUUUCCAAACUUGGCAACGCCCCAGAUGAGACCUACCUCAACCCCAUCCGGACCUUCCACACAAACACAAUCACUGAGUUGCUAAGGACAGUCGCGGGUAUUACUGGCCUGUUGAUCUCUCUGGCUUUGAUCUUGAUCAUGACCUCUUCCACCGAGUUCAUCCGGCAGGCGUCCUAUGAGUUGUUCUGGUACACACACCACGUUUUUAUCAUCUUCUUUAUCGGUCUGGCUAUCCACGGGGCAGGUCGGAUUGUUCGAGGGCAAACCGCUGAGAGUCUUCUGCUACACAACGUCACCUUCUGUAGAGAACACCUCGCUGAGUGGCAGACAGCUGCCCGGUGCCCCGUGCCUCAAUUUUCUGGCAAAGAACCUUCGGCUUGGAAAUGGGUUUUAGGCCCUGUGGUCUUGUAUGCGUGUGAAAGAAUACUUAGGUUCUGGCGAUUUCAACAAGAAGUUGUCAUUACCAAGGUGGUAAGCCAUCCAUCUGGAGUGCUGGAACUUCACAUGAAAAAGCGUGACUUUAAAAUGGCACCGGGGCAGUACGUCUUGAUCCAGUGCCCGUCCAUAUCCUCGCUAGAGUGGCACCCCUUCACCCUCACCUCCGCUCCCCAGGAGGACUUCUUCAGUGUGCACAUCCGGGCAGCAGGAGACUGGACAGAAGCUUUAUGCAAGGCCUUUGGGGCAGACGGACAGGCCCUGAAGGAGCCCUGGAGCCUGCCAAGGCUGGCGGUGGACGGGCCAUUCGGAGCUGCACUGACAGAUGUGUUUCACUAUCCAGUGAGCAUGUGCAUUGCCACGGGAAUAGGGGUCACUCCCUUUGCCGCUCUUCUGAAAUCUAUCUGGUACCAAUGCUGUGAGUCACAAACCCAGUGGAAGCUGAGCAAGGUGUACUUCUACUGGAUCUGCCGAGAUCCAGGAGCCUUUGAGUGGUUUGCCGAUCUCUUACUCUCGCUGGAAACAAGGAUGAGUGAGCAAGGGAAAACUCACUUCCUGAGUUAUCAUAUAUUUCUUACUGGCUGGGAUGAAAAUCAGGCCUUUCACAUAGCUUUACACUGGGAUGAAAAUACUGACGUGAUUACGGGAUUAAGGCAGAAAACCUUCUAUGGAAGACCGAACUGGAAUCACGAGUUCCGGCAGGUAGCCUACAGUCACCCCAGCAGUAACAUUGGAGUGUUCUUCUGUGGACCCAAAGCUCUCUCAAAGAUAAUUCAAAGAAUGUGCCGCUUAUAUUCAUCAGCUGACCCCAGGGGCAUUCAUUUUCAUUAUAACAGAGAAAGCUUCUAG